AUGUUCCCACCGCAUUUGCCAAAGACUCAAGUGCCUUUGGCGUAAAUAAAUGGGCAAGUAGGCCAGAGAAGCCCACCCAUAAUGGAAUCGCAUGGGGCUGAUGUGGUCGGUGCCCUAUGUCAAUCUGUGAUGUCCAUCGAUGGGUAUGGAGGGUAGACUCUCCCACUGUCCAAGUGGGUCAGCUCCAUGCUCGGCAAUAGUUCGCUUCUAGCUCAAAGCGGAUGUAAUACACUACGAUAGUCUCGAGCUCCGAUGGAAACUCGGCCCUGAAAAUUUCCAAGUGCCAAGUAAAUCUUUUCUAUGUCAUCUAUGGUUGGUCGUUUCGUAGUGAAACGACCAACCAAGGUAUGUUAGAAUGCGAAACGACCAACCAAGGUAUGUUAGAAUGCAGCUGUCAUCUGUGAGACCUCAUGAGUAAAAGCUAUAGUCCUCAUCCUGUCAUCUUCGCUAUAGCCUCGCACUAGUACAAUGGUAUCAUAGUAUGGGAAUAGUAUUUGAUACAACGGUCUUUGUGGCGUGACAGUCUCUGUGGAGGGGACAGAGGGUCCAGACACUCGUUGCGCUCAUGAUAGGUGUCUAGUGGGCAUAGUCGAGUUUUGCCUAUGGGGCACAUUAGUGUCCAACCCACUAGGUGUGGAUAUGGUGUGCCCAAGGGAUGUGUUCGGGGCCAGUACAGAGGUCUCAAUCAGUGCUGGGAUCCUAGCUGGUUCGAGGGGCUCAGUCUAAGAGAGCCUAAGGGGCCCUAUAGGUAGGGGUAAAAUCAACCCGAGCUGUUGACUCUAGGCAGGCCCAGAGGACAUGGUCAAGAGUAGGCGUAAAGGUAAGCGUCCUAUCCUCUUUUUGGGCUGCAGACGCUUGCCCCUAGACUUCUCCAAGAUAAGUCUAUUGGGUUUACCAUGGAUCGGUCCAAGACUAUCUUGGGUGAGCCUAUCUGGGCCUCCUUCGGUAGGCCCAUUUGGCUCCUUUGGGCCACCCAGUUCAGGCUCCUUUGGGCCUCCCUUGGUAGGUGCAGGUGGCGUACCUUGAGUAGGCCCAAGUGUGCCUUGGGUGGGCUCAUUUGGGCCACCCAACUCAGGCCCCUUUGGGCUUCCCUCAGUGAGCCCAAAUAGGUUGCCUUGGGUAGGCCCAAGGGUGCUAUGGGUGGGCCCCUUUGGGCCACUCCGCUUAGGCCCCUUUGGGCCUCCCUCAGUCAACCCAAAUGAGCUGGCUUGGGUAGACCCAGGGUUUGGGCCGACCUGGGCAAGAGCUUGGCCCGAUGCAGCCUGAGGUGGCUGCUCAGGCUCGGCUUGGGCCACUUGGGCCUAGGCCGGUGCGUCUUGAACCGGCGCAGCCUCAAUGGGCUGGGUCGGCUCGACUUGGGUCUUCUCACUCUCAGUCUGUCUGGCUUGGGCUGGCAUGGCCUGGGCUAGAGCGACCUCAAAUGGCGCUACUUGGGCCGGCUCAGCCCUAGCCACCUUGCUGGAAGCUCGCACGGGCCGCGCUUGUACGGUGCCAACUGAGUUGGGGGCACAUGAUGGUGCAGGGUUUCAUGCAAUGCCAACGUCCGCAGCGUCUGACGUUGAUGACGUCAGUAGCAUCACAGUCGAGGCAUCGGCGACCGCAAAAGGUUGCGGCGCCUUUACGGCCACGUGAUCCCCUCCGUUGAUCUCAAGAUCAACGGUUGGAUCAAUUUGGCUGUUGUGCCCAUCACCAUUUGAGGGUGGUGCCUUAGGCACAGUAACCGAGGUAAAGGCGAUAGCAUUAGGCCUGUUGAUUCCGACCAUUGAUCAUACAAUCAAUGGUUGGAUCAAAGGGGGCCUCUUCGCCCACCGUCGCCUCGUUCUCGGAGGUAGAGUGGACAACGUCAACUACUGCCCCCUCCGAUUCGGGCCUUGGGAAGACGCCAACUGUUGUCGAAUCACAGACGUCCGUGGUUUGACCAUUCAGCUCAUUUACGGCCUAGCUCAUUUGGCCGUCCCAAGGUUCCUCCGGUGGGUUAUGAUGAUCGUCCGAUGA